AUGUCUGUCGUGGGACCCGAGUCGAGUCUCGUGGUCUGUCCGAAUUGCCACUUGGAAAUGAUGAGCAAAGCAGUGAAAAAGGUCACAGCUCGAAUGCAUCUCAUAGCGCUCAUCAUGUGCCUCACGCUCUUGUGGCCCUGUGCAAUCUGCUUAUACUGCAUGGACUGUGCGCGCUCCGUGGACCACUAUUGCGCCUCUUGCAAUGCCUUCAUUGGCACCUAUGAGCGCUGA